GCACGCGCAGCUUUUCGUUGCUGCCGUUGGUGUCCUACCAGCAUCUGUUCUUCUUUUUUUUUUUUGGAACAGACUUAUGUUUCGGCUACGUCGGGAAUAAUUUCUGCGCUAUACUUUCAUUUCAUUUCAUUAAACCGAACCGUGACCGCGAGAGCGCAAAUGCGCAUCGGUCUGCGCAUCUUUGAAUCUUAAGAACUACACUGUGGACAAUCUCCCUGACAUCCAAAGACCUCUCCUCCGCAAUCCGACGAGGCUUCUUCAUCGCCUAUGGCCGCACAUCGGCAUCCCUGAGCCGCUGGCCUCGUCCCGGACCUUUCACCCAUCGCUGUCCUUAAAAGGUCUUUGCAUCAGGAACACAUUGCAACAAACAUUUCAUUUUUUUUUUUUUUUUUAAUCAUCCUCGACCUGGUGCUAUGCUGGGCCCAUCUCUCUAGAUCUUGUGAUUAAUACACCAUCUCUCCUCCCACAUUCGUCCGACCGAGACGCUGGUACUCUCAUCGAGCCCCGGCAAUGCAUCCUAACGCAGUGAUGCUGGCGGUGGUCCUUUUGGGGAACUUGAUGCUGCCUUUCAUCUCGGCUCAAAACGCUGGGUUUGUGAAGUCACCAAUGUCUGAGACUAAGCUUACGGGGGACACCUUUGAGCUGUACUGCGACGUGGUUGGUAACCCCACUCCAGAGAUCCAGUGGUGGUAUGCUGAGAUCAACCGAGCUGACUCCUUCAAACAGCUGUGGGACGGAGCCCGCAAGCGGCGGGUAUCCAUCAACACAGCCUACGGCGCCAAUGGGGUUAGUGUGCUCGGCAUCACGCGUCUCACAUUGGAGGACUCUGGGACCUAUGAGUGCCGGGCCAGCAACGACCCCAAGCGCAAUGACCUCCGACAAAACCCUGCCAUCACCUGGAUCCGCGCCCAGGCCACCAUUUCAGUGCUGCAGAAACCAAAGAUCAAUGCCUCUGAUCAGACCAUCCUAUCAGCGGACACCCCUAUCAAACCAGUUACCCUGCAGUGUAACCUCACCACUGCCCACACUCCCCACAAGGAAAGCUUCUGGGUGAAGAAUGGAAAGGAAAUCACAAACACACGGACAGAGCAGAGGAACACAGCAUACAGAAUUGCUAAACCACGGGCAGAUGAUUCCGGGGAAUACAUGUGUGUUUACACAUUUGACAUGGCACCGAAUGCAAAUGCUACAAUUGAAGUAAAAGCAAAACCUGAUAUCACUGGCCACAAGCGAAGUGAAAAUAAAAACGAGGGAGAAAAUGGAAUGCUUUACUGCAAGUCUGUUGGUUACCCACAUCCCACCUGGACAUGGCGUAAAGUGGACGGAACAUCCUACACGGACAUUGACAACUCUACUGGACGCUUCUUCAUCACAAUCAGAGACAACUACACAGAGCUCAACAUACUAAACCUGGACAUAAACACCGAUCCUGGAAUAUACCAAUGCAAUGCAAGUAAUGUGAUUGGAAACACUGCUGAGACCACUAUACUACGGGUGCGCAGCAACCUUGCACCGCUUUGGCCUUUCCUGGGUGUGCUCGCAGAAAUUAUAAUCCUAGUAGUCAUCAUUGUUGUGUACGAGAAACGCAAGACGCCAGACGACAUUAUUGAUGAUGAUGAACCAGUUGGACCUAUGAAAACAAAUUCAACAAACAACCACAAGGACAAAAACAUUCGCCAGAGGAAUACAAAAUAAGCAAUUUACUCAAAUGAGAUGGCUAAACUGCAUUUUUUGACUACAUGAAGGUUUCAGAGAUGGAUACAGCUCCGGGCAGUUUUGAAAAAAGCAUAUCUUGUCUCAUUUUAUGAGAAACAAUAUCAGCAUA